UUGUGACAGGUGAUAAUCAUUGAUUAAAAAGCAUCUAUAAAAACCGUUAUCAUGUUGUUCAUUUGAGAUAACUCAAGACGGAACCAUGGUACUCAUAACCUUGAAGAGUUUUCUCCUUCUCGCCAUUUUCGUCGCUUUCACAAAAGUCAUAAAUGGUCAUUAUGCCGAUCAUAUUGCACAGGCCUCCUGUGCUGCCUCGUUCUCGGGUGGAUUUGUUUCCGCUAUCCGAAGAGAUUGUGGAAGCAAAAAGACAUGCGCCACCAUUUGUAGGGAGGGCAUUUCAAGUAUGCGGGCAAUAUAUGGAAACCAAGGAUCUUCUACGGCCACCUGCUUCAAUGCGUUUCACUUCUACUACGGUCAUCCAAACCUGCAUCCCAAAACAAGAGGACGCGCUUUCAUGGCCAUGUAUCGCUAUGGGUCACGUGGUUGCCUUGCAACCUAUUGCGGUCCAAAUUUUUGCUGCUGUAGAGCAUAAAUAAAAGAAACUAUUACAAUUUCUUU